AUGGCCAGAUUCACUCCGACUGAAACCAGAAGGCAGCAGCAGCAGCAGCAUUCCCAAUCGCCCCAUCCCGCUCACACCAGCCUGUUUCUGACCGGACCGGGGGCACCACCGACCCAAGCUCCACUCCUUUUCAUCCCGCACCAACACCAGUACCCUCACACCCCAUUUUCUAAACCCAUGAACGGGUCAGAAUCCAUCUCCAUCCAUCCGGAGAACGGCACCAUGAAAGACCAAGAUGCCAUAAAGCUGUUUAUCGGGCAAAUACCACGGAACCUAGAGGAAAAAGAUCUGAAACCUCUGUUCGAACAGUUUGGGAAAAUCCACGAGCUGACAGUUCUGAAGGACCGUUACACCGGCAUGCACAAAGGCUGCGCGUUCCUGACCUACUGCGCCCGCGAGUCCGCCAUCAAGGCCCAGAACGCCCUCCAUGAACAGAAGACAUUGCCAGGGAUGACUCGUCCUAUCCAGGUGAAGCCAGCAGACAGUGAGAGCCGUGGAGAAGACAGGAAGUUGUUUGUGGGGAUGCUGAACAAGCAACAGACCGAGGAGGACGUGUACCGUCUCUUCGAGCCCUACGGCGUCAUCGAGGAGUGCACAGUGCUGAGAGGACCCGACGGAAACAGUAAAGGCUGUGCCUUUGUAAAGUUCUCCACACACGCCGAAGCUCAGUCUGCAAUCAGUGCGCUGCAUGGCAGCCAGACCAUGCCAGGCGCCUCCUCCAGCCUGGUGGUCAAGUUCGCCGACACCGACAAGGAGCGCACCAUCCGCCGCAUGCAGCAGAUGGUGGGCCAGUUCGGCAUCUUCAACCCCGCCAUCGCCCUGCCCUUCACUAGUUACAGCACCUACCAACUCAUGCAGCAGCAGGCGGCCAUCAUGGCGGCGAGUCAUGGCGGCUACCUGACGCCCAGCGUGGCCUUCCCCGCCACACAGAUCCACCAGAUGGGGGCGCUCAACAUCAACGGCCUCCCACCCACCCCCAUGACCCCAGUGUCCGGUGACUCACCGCCCGCCAACAUCACCACGCCGGCCAUGCAGAGCAUAGUCACGCCCAUUGUCAACGGCUUCACGGGCAUCCCACACCAGCCCAACGGCCACCCAGCCGUGGAGGCCGUCUACACCAACGGCCUGCCGCCCUACUCCACCCAGAGCCCCACCGCCGCUGACACCCUGCAGCAGGCCUUCACGGGGGUGCAGCAGUACACAGCGAUCUACCCCGCCACCACUCUGACUCCUAUCGGGCAGACCCUGCCUCAGCCCCCCCAGGUCAUCCAGCAGCAGCAGCAGCGAGAAGGACCCGAGGGCUGCAAUCUCUUCAUCUACCACCUGCCGCAGGAGUUUGGGGACAACGAGCUCAUGCAGAUGUUCCUGCCCUUCGGGACCGUCAUCUCCUCCAAGGUCUUCAUGGACAGAGCCACCAACCAGAGCAAGUGCUUCGGUUUCGUGAGCUUCGACAACCCAGCGAGCGCGCAGGCGGCCAUCCAGGCCAUGAAUGGCUUUCAAAUCGGGAUGAAGAGGUUGAAGGUUCAGUUAAAAAGGCCAAAGGAUGCCAGCCGUCCGUACUGA